AUGGAGCCCGUGGAGGCCGCGGAGGAGAGGCCGAAGCCCGCCGCGGAGCCGGAGCCGAAGCAGCCCGGGGGAAGCUCUCUGUCCGCGGCGCAGCGCAGAGCCGAGAUCCGCCGGAGGAAACUGCUCCAGAACUCCGAGGAGAGGAUGCACCGGAUCGUGGGCAAAGCCAAAAGCGACUCCGACAGCGUUUCCUCUCUUCGUUCCUCAGAGCCUCGGUUCCAUUUGGACUUGGAUCCCUCUCAGCGCCCCUCCCCAUUCGAGUCCAGCCCCUCCCACAGCGGCGCUUCAGACUGCAGUAAACCUCUAGAGGGCGCCGUGGAGGAGGACCCCGGUGAAGUGAGGCAGAUGCCCAGAGGAGACGAGUGUGGUGCGUCCCCUCGGAGAGGUCUGCACAAGUACCUGUCGCGCUUUGAUGAUGCCAUGAAGCUGCGUGGACAACUGGCCAAUGAGAAGCCGGCGCAGGACUCGGGGGCGGAGGCUGAGGAGUUUGAUGCGUUCAGGGUUUUCCGUCUGAUCGGCAGCGUCCUCCUCGCGCUGUUCGUGCGAGUGUUCGUGUGCAAAUAUCUGUCCAUCUUUGCCCCCUUCCUGACGCUGGAGUUGGCUUACAUGGGGCUGUCCCAGUACUUUCCAAAGGUGGAGAAGAAGGCUCAGACCACAGUGCUCACCGCCGCCCUGCUCCUGUCUGGGAUCCCCGCUGAGGUCAUAAACCGCUCCAUGGACACGUACAGACGCAUGGGAGACGUGUUCGCUGAUCUCUGCGUCUAUUUCUUCACCUUUAUCCUCUCGCACGAAGUCCUGCUCCUGUAUGGCUCCGAGUCGCCAUGACGACCACACUGUGACGGCAACACCAGGACAAACUUUAAAGCCAAGUGCUUUAUUUAAAACUCAACUCAACACUGAGGAAAAGGCUCCAUAUCUGAUUAAGUACCACACAUUUAGACCAUAGAAUGUAAUUUUCAAAACAAAAUUGUAGUUUUUUUAAAAAGUCACACUAUGUAACUUUUCUGGUUGAGGGGCUGCCACCUUCUUUUUGCUUUGCCUAGAAUGUUCCACAUUAUGGCAUUACAUUUAAUUUAUCAUGCAUCAAUUACAGGUGUUUUUAUAGCUCAAAAGUACCUUGAGAAACAUGUAUACUUACUCUGAGCGGGGUCGCCCCUCCACAGAUCUGACUUGUAACUUGGCCAGCUGGUGUGACUGACUUUGAGACAAGCAGGUGACAGUUAUUGUUAGAAAAGUUACAUAGUGCACCUUUAAAUAUUGCCAUGUGGCGUUACCGUUUUUUCAGUUUGGAUACUUGCUCAAAUGAGGAUCUCAUGUCAGUACUGAUCAGUGAAGUUUUCAUCUCUUUCUUUUGACAAACCUUCCACACUUACCGGAAAAUGACAUGGUCCAGUUGGGUCUCUUGAUUGGUUCAUUGGUUUUAUUUGGCUUUCUGAGGACCACCAGAACUAAACCAGGUCUGAAGUGGAACUGAAGCAGGUUUAAUUUGGGGAUGAACACGAGUGGAUGGAUGAGGAAGAACCUAAAGCAGUAAAAUACCUCUUAAAGGGGCUGUACCUGAUUUCCCCCCAUGGAUCUGAGCACUGAGCUCUCGAGGUCAAAAUGACACAACAGGGAACUAAUGCUGGUGUGCUAUUAGCAUGCUAGUUGUUUUUAGCUUUACCAACACAGCAAAACUCUGCUCUGGUGUCUGAGAGUUGAGAAAAGUGCUUAGAAGGUGAAUAAUGAGGGUGCUCAGAAAGCAUAAGGUAAGUGAGGAAGAACUUUGGACCACUACAAACAGUUUAAAACAAACUAGCUCUGUUUUACAUGUUUUUAAGAAGGUAAAAAUCAGGUACAGCACCUUUAACCCCCAUUUUCUGAGGCCGUGCGAAAUGAGAGAAGAAAUUUGACAUUGUGUUCUUUAAUUGUUACAUUUUUGCCACAUUAAAUUCAGAUAAAAAUGCCUUAACUCAAACCAGACUGAAUUAGGACCAAAUACAAAUCAUGACAAAGGCUUCACUCAUGCAUACGUCUGAAUAAAGCAUUAUAUGGAACAUUCACUACAAAGAUUCAAACAGGCCUUACACAAAAUAACUACUGAUUUCUUUAUUUAUUUGCUAGAUACCAAAUCCUGUUUAUGAAAAACUGCCACACUACUUCAGAUAUGUCCGUUAAAAAUACUUCUGACCAUUUUUGUAAGUGUUUUUUUUUUUUUUUAAGCAGGUUUGAUAACAGAAACUUUAAAGAGGGGCUAUUGUGCAUAACUGGAGCUUUCUGCCUUGUUAUAACCAUCCAUCAAAAACGUGCCUGAAGAGGUUUUAAAGCUCAUCAUGCAUGUUUGAAUAAUCUUGUGAUCUCUCCUAGGCCCUGUUUGAAUCCUCCUUACGGUUAGUGCGAUUCUGUCCAGUGCUCCUACAUCACCCGCAUUUUUUCUUAAACGAAGAAAAGCAUGAUACAAAACAAUUCUCUACAACCUGACAAACCUGAUGCGACGUGCAGUAGUUUGGUUAGUGGGUGCAUGCUGAUUGUGUUGUGAUGACGCUCUGAAGGGGGAGUGACUUGGUGUGGGGAGCAAAGGGAUGGGGGGACUCAACUCAAAAAACAAAACUGAAACUGAAUACCCCACAGAAGCAUAAUACCCCCUCUUUAACGCAGUAUUUAAUCUGAGAGUCUCAAAAGCAGGACUGAUAAAGCAGGGACUAUGAUCGCAUAUUAAUGGUGUAUUUUCAAACUUUUCUCACACUUUCUUGUCUCUGUGGAGAUGUUAUAGCUUUGCUUGGAAUGUUCCAGGGUAAGGCAUUCUGCUUUGGCCACAAAAACUCUUCAAAGGGCUCAUAAUACUCUGUUUUCUGAUCUAAGUUCUAAUAUCUUUUCCUCAUCACCAACAGACCUGGAGUUGUGUUUAGUUUCAGUCACACAUGUUUAACACACAAACCUACAAACGCACACCUUGUGAUAUCAUAAAGGAAGUGCUCCACUGUGUUUUUAAACUCCACACACCGUUACUGGAAUCUUUUGGAUAAUUUCAGCUCAAAUGUGUGAAUGAAACAAAACACAACUCAACAGGUUUUUGAUGAGGAAACAACAAUUACUACAGUUCCACCAUGGCUUAAAGCUCAGUCAGUUUUGUGUAAUGUAAACUUUAAAACCAUACUACGUAACAUUUCAGGCUGCCCAUAAGAUGAGCAGCUGUCAUACCCUCAACUGGAAAAGUUACCUAGAGCACUUUUACAAGGACUAUUAUGGAUUACAGCUAAUUAAAGAAAAUAGAAAUCUACCAAAAUUACAAAGGAAAAAAAGGAUUGAAAACAGAAACAUCGAUGAACAAUGUUGAGGAAUAUGAGACAAAAAAGGAUUAGGAUCAAUAUUCUAAAUGAUUACAUGUGAACUACUAAAACUAAGAGUAAUAUUGUUAAUUCUGUCCUUUGCACUUAUAGAUCCUUUGACUUUUUACAGUGGAAAACAAACAUUAGCCUUUGAAUGUGCACAGAAACCGAGGAAUCACGACAUGUACAAAUGUAUAGACCAGUGUUUGGAAGCAGUGAUUUGAAACCUCAUUCACAGAGGUGGGUACUUACAUUUACUGAGGGUUGUUUUUGUUUUUUUUCAAAAGAAAUUGUACUUUUCUAGCACCAUACUUUUAUUCCUACUUGAUUCAUAUUUUUUAUUGAAGUAACAGUACUCUUACAGGAGUAAAAGUUGUGGUUCCUCUUCACGAUGUGUGUGAAUCUAAAGUGACAGAAUCUUUAUGUGACAAUAUGAAAUGAUCUGAAUAUUUGUGUUUCUUGCAGCUCCUUCAGAUCUGAUUUAAUAUUUAUCCCUAAAUCAAAUUGAAUUGACUUAACUUAUCACACAGAUAUUCUUACUUUUACUGUUGAGUAGUAGUUUUGUCAAAUACUUUCUGCUGAUUUAGUUUGUCUCAUUUUUGUCUCUGUCCUUGGAAAAUACCAGAUUUUGUGCAUUAUGUUUUGUUCUUCCAAAUACAUUCACUUAAUUACACAUUAACUUUCAAUAUUGCUAAAUCACAUACGCCCUGACAGUUUCUCUUAAAGUUACUCUUGCUUGAGUAGUACUUUCCUCAAAUAUUUUUUACUCUACUGGAGCCAUUUCUUGGACCACUACUUUGUACUUCUACUUGAGUAAUAUUAUUCUGAAGUUACUCUUACUUAGUACAAUUUUUGGCUUCUCUACCCACCUCUGUUCAUUUAUUCUGCUCCUUCCUUUGUGCCGUUAAGCCUGACAUUAAUUUAUUACUGUGAAUAUUUGUGUAAAAAUGGUUUACAUAUAACUGUUUGUAUUGCGCUUGCAUUUUGAGCUUUGAAGGAGUUUUGAGAUGUCGUGAAAAUGUAUGAAAAUAAAUGUGCUGUAAAACUUGAA